AUGCAUAACCAUAAGCCAUAUCUCGUCCACUAUAUCAUCAGUUUUGUGGUUCGCAGCGGCUACAGGGACGAUCAGCUAUGGGACAAGCCAGCGUUGCGUCGUAUCACACCGCUGCAUUAUGCAGCCAGCAGUUAUUCCUUCGAAUGGCACUUCUUGGUCCAUGAGCUUUUCAAAAUAUACAAUAGAUACGACGAUAACUACGAAGACAAGUCGGGACUGACGCAUUUGCACGUGGCCUGCAUCUACGGCUGUGAAGAAGCAGUCGAGAAAUUCCUCGAAUUUGGGCAGGAUCCUAACUGUAUCUGGCAAAAAACGGGCGAGUCGCCGCUGCACUUGGCUUUGGCCUGCGAUCACGCUACCAUAGCCCGAUUGCUGCUGGAAAAUGGCGCCGAUCCGAACUUAGCCAAUACAGAGGGAAUGACCGCUCUGCACAUCAUUAGUCAGAAAAAAUACAAUAAUAAUUUAGCGGAGAUGCUAUACAAGAUCAGCUGGGAAAAGCGACUCAGGGUGAAGGUCAACGUCCAAAACAGCGAGGGCAAAACACCGCUGCAUUUGGCAUUGCAAGACGCGAACUUGGGCAUACAGAAGCUGGUCGAGUUGCUGCUGAGAAGAGGCGCCGAUCCGAAUAUGACCAACUGCGACGGAGAUACUGCACUGCACGUAAUUUGCAAACGAUGCCACGAUGCCGCUGAUGACUUGACGAAGAUUUUAAUCGAUCACAGCGCUGACGAAUAUUGGCCAGUGCAGAUCAACGUCCAAAACAGCGCUGGUGACACACCAUUGAAAUUGGCUCUAAACAACGGCUUGAGAACCAUGGCCAAGUUUCUGUUAACUAAUGGCGCCAGUCCGAAUUUAGCGGACGCGAAUGGAUCGACACCUCUUCACAUUAUUUGCGAGAAACCCGACUCCAUUGAAUUGGUGAAGUUAUUAUUCUAUACCAGCAACCUAUUAAAUCAGUCAAAUCAUAUCGACGCCCGAGAUAAGUUGGGUAACACACCGUUGCACUAUGCUCUGGGUAGCAGGCAGAAGAAGGUAGCCGAGUUGCUGCUGAGGCGAGGCGCCGAUCCGAGGUCGACCAACAAGGAAGGAUUGACACACCUCCAUGUUAUUUGCCAAAGAUACGACGAUGACUUGUUGGAGCUAUUUUUCAAGCUCAACGACGAAAUGAAGCAGAAGGUGGAGGUUAACGCGAAGGACAACUUGGGCCGGACACCACUGCAAUGGGCUGUAGCGAAUCUUUUACCGAAAACUAUCGGUACACUCUUGGAUCGUGGUGCCGAUCUGACUAGCUUCGUUUUUCCCACCGCUAGUCACUUCCACGAGGAAUCGAGGCAGCGAGCAAAUGAGAAUUGGUUUCAUUUUAAAUUGAAAGUAGCAUCCAGCGCUAUGGCCGUCGUCGAACUCCUGGAGAUAAGAGGAUACGAAUUGAAUCGAAACGACACCCUGUCGAUCAUGGGAUUGUUCGCCGAGUUCGACUUGUUCGACAAGUCGGCGGAUGUCGACGAACGCUGGUACGACGACGAGGUGUUCGCAGAAAAAGCAAAGAAGAUGCAGGUAAAACCGAACCUGUCGCUCUACGACUUGAUCGAGUUAAAACCCAAAGAGGCGGCGAAACAACUCACGUGUAUGGAAUACUACGUAGGAAUGCGUUCCUGGCAUUGGCGUACGCUGUCUACAAGGCAUAUAGAGACUUUGAUUUUGCAUCUGUGCAACAAACUAUCGAGGAAAUUUUUCCGAGCAUCGGCCCUGAAUCCUUUCUUGAAACUAAUUCACUAUCGGCUGCCAAUCGAGAUGUGUGAAAUGAUCAUCGAGACGCUGAACAACGAAGAUUUACACAAUAUUUGCUUGGCAGAUGCAUUCGACCCGCGAUAG